AUGUGUGCCUUUAUUACAUACACGGACAAAGGAACAUGGGCCUGCUGCGAGAAUGGGGCUACCGGGAUCGUCGACUGCUCCAAUCCCUCGGAUGAGGUCUAUCCGGGCCCUAUGCCGUCGAAACUCGUAACAGUACAAUUUCUGCCGACUCUAGGGACUCCCACCCAGCGUCUUCGAGCUUAG